AUGGCUUCAAAUAACAGCCCAGUUCUACCCAGAGCAUUGAUCAGUUCGGUGUCUUCUGCCUCUAUUUGGGAAGGUUCGAUGGUUCAGGAAAGUGAAUGCAAUCCUCAGCAAAUAUUGAACUCAUCAGAGGAUCAACAGGUUAAUCACAGUGAAAGUACAGAUGACAGUCCUCUCUCCGCACAAGAGCAGCAGGGAUCAUCAGACGACCCCGCAGAUGCUUGGUUCAAUGCUGCAGGGAUCCUCCUGUCCCUCAAACACGCGGCCGCUGAGAGGAGUGCUAGGAUGGGGAACCCAACAGAUACCCCGCAAUGGACCCCUUCUGUGGGCGACCCUUCGAUUUCGCAAUCACAGACCUCCUCAAUUUCAAUGGAUGGAUUUGCUUCUGCAAGUGUGGACACAGCAGUUUUCUUGUCAGCUGCUGUACACAACCCAUGUGGCGCAGAGUGUGCUCAGGAUUUCUAUUCAGGAUCCAUUUUUCAAGAGGAGACAGUCCUGUCUGACAGAGAAAGCUCAGACGUGCCUGGGUCCAAGGCAAAUAAAUGCCGUCUAUGCGACAAGGUAUAUGCCCGGCCUUCCACCCUACGCACGCAUAUGCGGACCCACUCAGGAGAGAAGCCCUACCAGUGCCACAUUUGCAUGAAGUCUUUCUCACAGGAUGCAAAUCUAACUGCGCAUUUGCGAAUCCACUCGGGGGAGAAGCCUUUCAAAUGCUUGGUGUGCGAUCGAAGGUUUGCCCAGUCCUCCUCUGUCACCACACACAUGCGCACUCAUACUGGUGAGCGCCCUUAUCGAUGCAAAAUGUGUUCUCGGGGAUUUGCCGACAGCUCCACUCUGACCAAACACCUGCGAACUCACACAGGAGAGAAACCAUACAAAUGUAAGAUUUGUCAACUUAAGUUUUCCCAAUCAGGAAAUUUGAAUCGACACAUGCGUGUACACGAACACGGCAUGUAA